AUGACCCGCCGCUUCUAUAAGCAGCUCUUCCUGUCAUCGCGCGCUGAAAUAAAGUUCUCAGACACCAAUCUGAGCGGCCAUGCAGGGCUGCUUCUAUUAACUCCACAAUUCCUCUGUGAGGUGGACUACCUGUUGUGCACAGAUGUGGACAUGAAGUUCCACGACUAUGUGAGUAUGGAGAUCCUGUCUCCCCACUUCGGCACCCUGCACCCCGGUUUCUACCAGGCAGCCCACAGGAAUUCAGCUACGAGCAUUGGCCACAGUCCCAGGCGCACAUUCCCCAUCGGCAAGGGCCACUUUGACUACAAAGGGGCCUUUUCUGGGGGGUCGGUGGUAGAGGUUCACCAAAUGACCUUGGCCUCUCACCAGACAAUGGGGGUCAACCUGGUCAAAGGGAUCGAGGCUGUGUGGCACGACGAAAGCCACCAGAACGGGUACCUGCUGGACCAUAAGCCCGUUAAGGUGCUGUCCCCAGAGGAACUGUAACACCCACAGCUGCUGGCCUGCCCCCAGAGGACCUGUGGGACCCACAGCUGCUGGGCUGCCCCCCAUCAUGAAGAAGCUAAGAUUCAUGGCUGUGCCCAAGAAUCACCAGGACGGCAGCAGUGGUUAGUACUUGA